AUGAGGCAAAUGAACACGAUUGUUAAUAGUAUACGUCGCACGUUAGACUUGAUUUUUGUGAAUGACGAAGCUGGCGAUGCCUGCACUAUGUCUGAAGCACAUGAGCCUAUUAUCGAAGCGCACCCUUUUCAUCCCCCGCUUCUAGUUACACUUCGCAUCUCACUGCCCGCAACCUUCGAAUCUGUUGCAACAACUAACGAUUUCAACUUCGGUAAAAUUGAUUUUGUUGCCUUCAAGGAAUCACUGCAUAUCUUGGACUGGACAGAACUUGACAAUUUGGCUGAUGUGGACUUAGCUGUUGACUAUUUUGACGCGACACUUAACCGUUUAUUUCGUAUUCACGUACCGGUACCGCGACUGCAUGCUAAACCUCCCUGGUCUAAUUCCAGACUACAUUUGAAGCGGAACCGAUCUGCUGCUUUAAGAAAGUAUACGAAUAGGCGCAAUCCCGUGACCAAGCAUGAUUUUUGCCAAAUAAGUAAUGAGUAUCGGACUUAUAGUCGUCAUCUUUAUUCUUGCUAUGUGAGGCGUAUGCAAGACGAUCUAAGAAAGAACUCGAAAAGAUUUUGGUCUUUCGUUAAUGAAAAGCGCAAACAAGCUGGACUACCAUCUUACAUGUUUCUGGGAAAUUUAACUUCCGAUAAUCAACAAACUACCUGUGACCUGUUCGAGAGACACUUUUCCAGUGUUUUUAAUUCAACCACUGCCUCUACUGCUCAAGUUGGCGAUGCGAUGCGCAAUGUUCCUGAAAAUAUGUUUGAUCUUGGUUCUGUUCGUUUCUGCGAAGCCGACAUUAACACUGGUCUCUCGAAAUUGAAAAAUUCGUCAAGUGCUGGCCCGGAUGGUAUACCAUUAAUCGUUUUAAAAAAAUGUGCUGGAGAACUAUGUACACCCUUAUUAAAGAUCUGCAACAUGUCCCUUCAACAACUUAAGUUCCCAGAGUCCUGGAAAAGGUCGUAUGUUUUGCCGGUGUUUAAAAAAGGUGAUAAAUGCAACAUAGAAUAUUACCGUGGAGUUACAUCCCUAUGUGCAUGCUCGAAAUUGCUGGAGAUCAUUGUCUGUGAGCUUUUGUUCAGCAAAGUAAAAUCGUACAUUUCGAUGGAACAGCAUGGUUUUAUUUCCAAAGCGCUCCAUAAGUACAAAUUUAUUACUGUUCAGUUCCUUUUGCCUCCGACAUAUGGAAUGUGCUGCCCAGGUUGA